GAUAAUAAUUUAACAUAAUAAAAACAAGUACAUAUAUAUGUAUAAACAUACUUGCAGAUUUAAUUAAUAACUUAUAACAGUUAUAACAAUUCGAAACUACAAAGCAGAUAAAUCAUUUUUCCGAUAUUGUCAUUAAGAACGAACUUUAAGAUGGAUUCAUCAAUAGCAUGUUUGAUAGUUAUGAUGGUCGGCAGUUUAUCAGCCUGUUGUAAAGGUAGGUCAGGUGGUCACGUUAAUGAAAAUAGCGGUGAUUGUAAUUGCGGUAACUGUGGCUGCGAUGCAAGCAGUUUUGGAAAUUUUAAUUGUCCCUUGAUAUGGGGGUCAACAGAAGAUGGAGAUAUUGUAUUCGAAUCACUUACGUCUAAGACAUUAGAUGGUGCCUUAAAUAUUGUACGAAAUUCUUAUUUCCCUGAUGAAAAUAUUUGCAAAGGUUGUGAUUUAUUAUCUGAACGUGGAGCAUCGGAAGAAGUGGAACAACUGGCAUUAGAUAUUGUUAAAGAUGGAAUCACAAUUGUUGCAAGAAAUGCUUUUACUAACGAAGUCGUUGGCACUAUUUUCAACAAACUACUUAAACCCAAAACUGGAAAUGAAAAGAGCGAGUUAGAAAUAUAUAGAGAUAGUUUCGAGCACAAUGCAUCAAAAUGUUAUGCAGAUGUUUACUUUAAUAUUAGAUCAAGAGCAGAUAUUUAUAAACGUUAUGAUGCUGAUUGUAUUAUGGAAAUGACGUUUUUAGCAGUUAGACAGGAUUAUCGGCGAAGAGGAAUUGCUGGAUUAUUAGUAUCAUCGUCAUUAGAAUUAGGAAGACAAUUAUACAAAGGAAUACCAGUAAAAACAUCAGUUGAUAUUGACGGAAAAUCGAUUACUAAUGCUGAUGAUAUUCCCAGUAUUGCGGUAACGAUAAUGACAUCCGAGUAUGCACAAAAAUUGUUAGAUAAAUUUGAGUUUGAUAAACUCGUUGAGGUGAGUUUUAAUGCACUUACGUUCGAAGGUAUACCACUGAGCGAAAAAAUAGGAGAUGUCCAUCAAACUGCUAUACUUGGUGUAAAAAGUCUUUCUCCAUAUUAAUUAACGAUUUUCUGUUGUUUCGAUUUACUUGUUUAUUUUGGUAAUUAUUGUUUAUUAGUUUCAAACUUUCAGUAUAUAGGAUGUUAUUUUCAAAUAAAACUAAUAAUCCUUAAAGUCAAUUAUAAGAAAGCCAGCAAAACGGGCUGCUACAGUGUAGACUAUGGUCUUAAAAACUUUAAAUGGCAAACAAUGGAAAUUAUAAAUAUAAUUACAACACUGUAAAAACCAAAUCAAGGUAAGUCCAGGCGGUGUUAAAAUUUUCGGUGUUAAAUUUCAACACCGAAAGCGGGGUUAAAAUAACACAGCCGCCGGUGUAAAUAUUCUUUAUCGGUGUUAAAAUAUUUUUCGGUGUUGAAAAUAUUUUACUUUAUGAAUAUUUUUAUGUCAUUAAUAUUCCCCUGUUUCAAUAUUAUUUUAUAAUUGAUUAUUAUUUAUUAUUUAAAAAAAAAUAGUUUUUAAGUAUCUUUAUAUUAAUUCAGUUACCUAUUAAUUAUUCAACAUCAAGAAUAUAUAGAAAAAAAACAUAUUAAAAUAAAACAAACGCUAUGCCAAUGAAAAUUAUACAGGCGGAGAAUGAAAGUGAAGAGCGUGGUGGGAAAAUGAUAGCGGGAGGCAAGAAGCGAUACUUUAGUUCGCUAUGCGCCGCUAGGUGUCUGAGGCGACGACACUAUUCCGGGCGUGGAUACGUUAGUCAGAAUUGUUAAAACCCGAACUCAGAGAGCGAAGUGUUGAAUUCUUGUAAAUUUUAUCUGUCGCCCCAAGUGAUUGGACUUUUUGAAGGAGGUACGUCUGUGUAUCCGGCAGAAGGAACAAUCACGGAUACCGUUACACAGCUGUUUACAAUGAGUGCAUUAGUAUUUUAUCAAUACUGGACCGAUAUUGUCUAUCUAUUCAGUAUUACUACAAUAACUGACCGAGACUUUUGGGUCCUUUUAUUCAGAUACAUCAAGUUUUUGUAUUUUCUUUGAAUUUGAAAAAUAUAAUUUGGGAGUUAAAAAAAUCCAAACUCAAAUGGUUGAAAAAAUUAGCCUUGAAGUAGGUAGAGAUUACUGAAAACUUUUGCUUAAUUAUUCAGCAAAAGCCGAUAUUAAACGAAGAAAUAAUGAAGAUAUAUUACGAUUGCGAUUAACGUCAUAUAUUAUUGAAUAAUAAGCAUAUUUAAGUUUAUAGAAACAAGUAACACAGUUAAUUAAUACUUAGAUGAAAAAAAAGAAAUUCUUAAUUUGAUAAAUUAAAUAAUAUAAGUAUGUCUUUUCCAAUAAAAUCUUAAGAUGUUCAAAAAAAUUUUGUGAGACUGAAUUCUCAGUGUGUAGUGGACAUCAACACAACGCUGUGAUGUUCCUUCAGUCGUAUCAGCAAAAUUUUUCCAGGUGAGAUACGUGAUAUGCCAUUCGGCGAGUAGUGAAUGUAAAAAUUUUUUGUUUAAACGUUUUUAAGUACUCUUCAACAGAUUUACGAUGGUUUGCACAAAACUAGACUAGUGACCAUAAGAAUGAGUAUCUGCGAGAAAACUUAAAUUUUCGCCACCUAGUGUUUGUGCCUAACAAGCUAAUCAUUUCAAUUUCUAAUUAUUUUCCGAUAUUUGGAUUUCUCAAUCAAUAUCAAAAAUUUAUUUCAAAUGUAAAUGAAAAAUUAUAAAUUAUCUGCAUAUAUUUUUUUGAUACAAAAAUAAAUUGAUCUCUUAAUUGAUGUAAUAAAAUUUAUUUUUAUUUUUAUUAAUUUGAUUGAGUAUGUAAAAAUAAUUGUAACGGGCAUAUAUUUUCGGCAUAAAUUUUAUUAUUCCCUAAUAGCACAGUUUGCUUUAGCAAAAGUUUACUUUACAAAAGUUUCGUUGAAUCUUUCGUCAAAUUUCCGUCAACUUCGGACUUUUCCAUUUUUUACGACAAUUUGUAUGCAACUUGCUAUUGAGUUUGACGUAAAUUUACUGCCCGAAUUAGAAUGCAAAUUUACUUCAAGUUGACUAGAAAAAAGUCGUCGUUAAUUUUUAAGCAAAUUUUGUGUCAAUUUAUUGUUAAUUUCACUUGAAAAAUUGUUAAGUAUUUUUUUACCGUCAAAUUGUAGACAAUUUUAUGUAUAAAUUUGCUUACCUUCUGAAAUUGUAAGAAAAAACAUUAUCGACUUUUUUUUAUCAUGAAUACCAACUUUUGUACGAGAAACCCUGGUUAUCAGGGGUGGCUAUCAGAGUAAUAAAAACA